UUGUUUGUCAUUCCAGGAAAGCUGUGAAGCUGAUCCUUUCAUUGUGAAGUUUUAAUUUUGCCUUUUUAAGUUUUACCCGAACUCAGUUCUGUUGAUCUCAAUAAUUGGAUGGUUGAAAAGCGCGCGCGAUCAAUUGGCGGCGCUAUGGCUGAUGUAGAAGAAGAAUACAACAUCAAGUGGAACAAUCACAGUCACGAGGCGUUGUACGUCGUGAACCAGUUGCGCUCUUACGAGGCAUUUGCGGAUGUCCUUCUUUUCUGUGAGGGAACAUGCUUUAAAGCAAACCGGAUGAUACUCGCCGCGUGUUCCGGUUACUUCCAACAAAUCUUCAUCGAAAUGCAAUCGCAAACGGGCUUCAAGUCCCAAGCAGUUGUAGCCAUGCGAGAAACUCGCCCUGAUCUCCUCCAGCUUGCACUUGACUUCAUGUACCAAGGAGAAGUUCUCGUGCCAAGUGCCAGUUUGCAAGACUUCAUGGACUUCGCGGAAGAUAUGCAAAUCCGCGGUUUGCGUCGAGAUCCGGGUCUGCCGAAUGCCACGCAGAACUCCGUUGAGCGCAAUAACAACAUGAAUACCUCGUCUUUACCCGCGACUACUACUACUACGACUACUACUACUCGAACUACGAAUGGUCCGACUGCUGUCGUUCCUCAAGCCAAGAAAAUCCGAACUCAAGAACAAGCUUCCACUGCAAAUGCGGCGAUUAUUGCAAAUGAAACUCAGAAGGAAGACAUGAGCGAGGAGGAGUUCGAGGACGAAUCCUUCAUGAAUAUGAAAGAUGAAUUCAUGCCGGAAGCCGAGUUUAAACAUGAUACCACAACAGCGCCAGCAUUUGUACCUCCGGACAUCUCUACAGAGGGCGUGUAUCGGGGAAAGUGCUCGUUAGGUACAAUCAUCGUCAAUUCAGUGAUGCAUUCGGAGCACGGCUGUUGA